AAUGUCUCUUUUUUUAGCAACAGAAAUUUGGGACUCAAAUGUGGUCCCAAGCCGAGGACUGCCUGUAUUGUAGCACGCCGGCUGGCUUAGUCUUAGGCAGGUUUUCUAAAUUACUUAUUGUGGCUUACGAAAGGUCAGAGCUCUCUGCCAAGUAGCACAUACCUUACAUAGCGUUGUUACUACAUUCAGCUGGGCAGCGCAUUCGGUUGCUGUUUGGCCUCCUGUGUCGCAAGAGAACUUUGCUUGCAUUGAUUUUAUCCGGAUCCAACUGCCAGCGUUUUUAUCAGCCGACACCGUUUCUCUCACGUUGGCAGUCGCGGCAGAAAAAUAAGGUUCAAGUCUCUUGUGGAUCUGGGAUUGUGCCCUAUAUUUCGUAAUCCUUAGUACAGGUAAUCCUCGAUUUACGAUCACAACUGAGACCCAGAAUUUCCGUUGCAAAGCAAGGCAGUUGUUAGGUAGGCGGUGAUUGACAGAAAACAGCCCAAGAAUCUUUAGAAGAGAAGACCAUGGCUUGUGUUACCUUGACAAUAAGGUGCAAAGUCUCGGCUGCUAGGAUUCUGCGGUCCGUCUGCCUCGUUUCUUCCAGAAGCUUCAGCAGAGGCGAAAUCUCUUCGGUGGGUCAGAAUUUUGCGGACUACAAAUCCAUUUGCGAACAGUAUAAGCCGGAAGUGCCGGAAUAUUUCAAUUUUGCCAAAGAUGUGGUGGACAGCUGGGCCCAGUCAGAAAAGGAAGGAAGGCGGCCCUCCAGCCCUGCUCUUUGGUGGGUCAGUGAGCAAGCAACCCAAGUGAAGUGGACUUUUGCAGAGCUGGCCUUGGAGUCCCGAAAAGCCGCCACGGUGCUGUCCGAGCAGGGUGGCCUGCGGGAAGGAGACCGAGUGGUGGUGAUUCUCCCGCGCAUUCCCGAAUGGUGGCUCUUGAACCUGGCUUGUAUCCGAACAGGAGCUGUGAUGAUUCCUGGAACCACACAGCUGACAGCGAAGGACCUCCACCACCGCUUAGAGGCUUCCAAAGCCAAGUGCGUCAUCACGGACUCUGCCCUGGCCCCUGUGGUGGACAUGGUGGCUUCCCAAUGCCCGUCCCUGGAGCUGAAGUUCAUGGUAUCCAAGGAACCCAGGGAAGGUUGGCUAAACUUCAGCGAGAUGUUGGAGGUUGCGUCUCCAGAGCACACUUGUGCGGCCACCAAAAGCAGUGAUCCGAUGGCCAUAUAUUUCACCAGCGGUACGACAGGAGCUCCAAAAAUGACCGAGCAUUCCCAUGCGAGCCACGGAAUUGGACUCGGCUUCAAUGGAAGGUAUUGGCUUGAUUUGACACCCUCCGACCUGAUCUGGAAUACUUCAGACACCGGCUGGGCGAAAUCUGCAUGGAGUAGUGUUUUCGCCCCUUGGACCCAAGGAGCAGGCAUAUUUGUCCAUCACAUGCCACGCUUUGAUCCCAAACUCGUCCUUGAAAUGUUGUCCAAGUUUCCCAUCACUACUUUCUGUUCUGCGCCAACUAUUUAUCGGAUGCUCGUCCAACACGAUUUAAGCAGUUAUAAAUUCCAGAACCUCAAACAUUGCGUGAGUGCGGGAGAACCUAUCAAUCCUGAAGUGAUGGGCCAGUGGAAAGCAGAAACCGGACUGGACAUUUACGAAGGCUACGGGCAGACGGAAACGGUGCUGGUUUGUGGAACUUUCAAGGGUAUGAAAAUCAAGCCAGGCUCUGUGGGGAAACCAACACCCGUUUAUGAUACUCAGGUCAUAGAUGAAAACGGCAACAUUUUACCUCACGGAAAAGAAGGAGACCUCGCUCUCCGAAUCAAACCCGCAAGACCGUUCUGCCUCUUCACUCAAUAUACAGAUGAUCAAGAAAGAACAGCUUCGACUCUCCGCGGAGACUUCUACGUCACCGGGGACCGAGGAUUUCAAGAUGAGGACGGUUACAUCUGGCUGGUAGGGAGAAGAGAUGACGUCAUCAAUUCUGCCGGAUACCGCAUCGGACCAUUUGAAGUGGAGAAUGCUUUGAUAGAACAUGAUGCGGUGGUCGAAGCAGCCGUCGUCAGCAGCCCAGACCCUAUUCGAGGCGAGGUGGUGAAAGCCUUCGUAGUUUUGGCCCCGGAGUACAUUUCCCAUGACCAAGAAGCCUUGAUUAAAGAACUACAGGACUACGUCAAGACAGUCACUGCCCCAUACAAGUAUCCGAGAAAGAUGGAGUUCGUUCCACAUUUGCCAAAGACAAUCAGUGGAAAAAUCAGAAGAAAUGAAUUACGCAAGAAAGAAUGGGGACGAGCGUAGAAUUCCUCGCCUUUUUUUUUGUUUUGUUUUUUUGUUUACUUUCUGAGCGAGCAACUGUUCCGGGAAUAAAAGCCUGUGGCAUUAA